AUGUCUGAGAGAAGAGCUGACAGUGUCACUGAUAAAAUUAAUAAGAUGAUUAAUAACUUUUCUUCUACACCUUCAAAGCCCUCAAUGUUUAGAGUUGUUGACAAUUUACGCAGAAUUAAUCCAGAGGCUUAUGAUCCACAAAUAAUAGCCAUUGGCCCAUUUCACCGCAGUAAGCCUAACUUGCAGAACAUGGAGCAACACAAAGUCAGGUAUCUAAAGCAGUUUCUUGAAAGAAGAACAGACUCAACUCAGCCAAGUGUAGAAAGAUAUGUUACCUCAAUAAGACAAGUAAGAGACGAAGCGAAGAAUUGUUAUGCUGCAGACAUCCAACUUGAUGAAGGUGAGUUCGUGGAAAUGUUGAUUCUUGAUGGUUGUUUUAUCAUCGAAUUUCUUUAUAUGUCUAUUCACCGAGAUUCUUGGAAUGAAGAUGACCACCCUAUUUUCCAGUAUGACCAUAUAGAAAGUCAAUUGCUUAAUGAUCUAACGGUAUUUGAGAAUCAAAUUCCAUUUUUCAUCAUUGAACGUUUGUUCAACGAGAUCGAGAUCAAUGAUCUAGACAAUAUAAAUUCUCUAAUAUCACCUUUACUGCGAAAUAGCAUUUUCCCAUUGCAAGCUCUUCCUGUAGUUCCCAAUAAUGCUCACCAUCUUCUUGGUAUUGUACAUUACAACCUGUCUUCUUCCUUUGAAAUGGAUUCUGGAAAUUCAGGUGAAAUCCUGAAUAUAAAUUCAGCUGUAGAGCUCAAAGAGGCAGGGAUUUCGUUCAAAAAGUCGGAAGAUAAUAGUUUUUUUGAUAUUAAAUUCGAAAAUAAAGCAAUGAUCAUUCAAGAAUGGGAAAUUUCUGAUUCAACAGAAUCAUUGUUCCGAAAUCUAAUUGCAUAUGAGUACUACAUCGAACGCAGACCUCAAAAAAAUGUGACAGACUAUGUAUUCUUCAUGCAUUGUCUCGUCCGUUCCCCUGAAGAUGCAAAAUUGUUGCGCCAAUAUGGAAUCAUUAACCACAUUUUGGGGAGCGACGAAAUGGUUUAUAAUGUAAUCAACAAGCUAGGCAAGUAUGUCAUGACUUCUUCUCAGUUUUCGUAUUCUAAUAUUGUCAAACGUGUGAACGAACAUUGUGGCCACAAAAGAAAUAGAUGGCUGGCAAUAUUAAGGCGAAAUUAUUUCAACACUCCAUGGGCACUCAUUUCAGUCAUUGCUGCCAUUGCCUUGCUUGUUCUCACCAUCAUACAGGCUGCGUUUGCUAUUCUCUCAUACCGUCCAGAUCACAAGAAUGAGAGCUGA